GGUGGUCUAUUCAGUUACUUCAGAGGUUUGUUAGGGGCGCGAGAAAUGAGGAUUUUGAUCCUUGGUUUGGACGGUGCCGGGAAGACGACGAUAUUGUACAAACUGCAAGUUGGGGAGGUGGUGACGACCAUACCUACCAUCGGCUUUAACGUAGAACAAGUCACAUAUAAGAACUUAAAGUUUCAAGUGUGGGAUCUGGGUGGACAGACCAGUAUCAGGCCCUACUGGCGAUGUUAUUAUGGGAACACGGAUGCAAUAAUAUAUGUAGUAGACUCUGCAGAUAGAGAUCGAAUAGGAAUAUCUAAAGAUGAAUUGGUACACAUGUUGAGGGAGGAGGAACUAGCCAAUGCAAUACUAGUAGUCCUGGCGAACAAGCAGGACAUGGCAGGUUGCCUGACAGUGGCCGAGGUGCACCAGGCACUAGGCCUCGACGCGCUACGUGACCGCACUUUCCAGAUCUUCAAGACUUCUGCUGUUCGCGGAGAGGGACUCGACCAGGCGAUGGACUGGCUCUCCAAUGCACUGCAGGCUCGGAAAUAA